AUGGCACAGGAGAGCAAGUCUGGUUAGGUCUUCGGGACAUACUCAGACAAUGGGGAAGACACGGGCGUUUCUUUCUGGUUUAAUCAUUAUAUCAUGUUUCCUUGUAAGCACUGCACAGCAAACAGGAUGCCUGGAUGAAAACCCGCCAUAUGACAUUGUAUUCCUCGUGGAUAGUUCUAGCAACAUCAGUACUCAAGACUUCCAGGAGGUUAAAAUGUUCAUGCACACUUUUGUGGAUGGUUUGGAUAUCGACAUGAAAAAGGUACAAGUUGGCAUUGCUCAGUUCAACAACGAUCCCCACAAAGAGUUUCUGAUCGGGGACUAUGCAAACAAAGCGGAGCUGUUUAAGAAAAUAGAUAACCUUCCAUACCGAACAGGAGGCACAUACAUGGGAAAAGCAAUGAAUUUCCUUAAGGACAACUAUUUCACGAGUGUGGGUGGAAGCCGUAUCAAUGAAAAAGUGCCUCAGAUUGUUGUGGUGAUCACAGAUGGAGACUCAGCCGAUGAUAUAAAGGGCCCUGCUGGAGAUCUGCGACAGAUGGGUAUUCUCAUCUUUGCUAUUGGUGUUGGUCCAACCAAUAUGACAGAGUUAAAGGCCAUCGCCAACAGCCCACCUGAGCGUUUUGUGGUUAAUAUAGACAAUUACCAAGCACUGCAAGAUCUGACAACAACCAUGAAGGAGACAGUGUGCAUCUUAAUGAGGGAUCAGGGGAAAGCCAUUGCCCCUAAGUUUGCAGAUGUUUUUAUCCUGGUGGAUAGUUUGGCCCAGGGGAAAACACAGCAGAUAAGGGAACUCCUCAACCUACUGGCUGAGCACCUCAAUGUGGGUGACGGAUCUCAUAAGAUCGCACUGGCUCAAUUUGGUGAGAACGUUGUCAAGGAGUUCCUGUUCAAUGACUACAAAGUAAGAGAAAAAGCCAGAGGGUACAUAAACCGGUUUGAGCCCAGGCCCAAUGGAGAGCGAAAAUUAGGAAAGACCAUAGAUUAUGUUCGCACUCAAUUACUGAACACCGCAUCAGGCAGCAGAAUUGCUAAAGGCUACAAACAGUAUCUGCUGGUGCUGAGAACAGGGAACUCUUCUGACUCCACUCUGAGGGCCAUACGAACAAUCGAGAAUGAGGAUGUGACUGUUAUUGAUAUCAGAUUGGAAGAAAAUUUACACUACCUUUCACCUUUGCUACGGACUUUCCAGGUUGACCAGAAUAUCGUUGAUGUUGCUGCAGACAUCACGCAAAUCAUUCAGGAAAAAGAAGUUUUCAGUGUUACAGGAGAUUGCAGUUCAGCCCAAGUGGCAGAUAUUGUGUUUAUUGUGGACGAAUCAAGUAGUAUAACCACAAGCAACUUUGAUCUAGUGAAACAAUUCCUCCACCGCACAAUUAGUGGGCUCGAGGUGAAUUCUGAAAGCGUGAGGGUUGGAAUGAUUCUUUACAAUGACAAACCCAGAGCUGAAAUCUAUUUGGACACUUUCAUUACCAAGAGUGAUAUUUUGAACUAUAUUAAAAUCAUACCAUACAGAGGUGGAGGAACCUCAACUGGUGCAGCCCUGAAGUUUGUUAAGGACAACAUCUUUACUAAGACGAGGGGCAGCAGGAAAGAUUUAGGUGUUAAGCAGAUUGCUGUUGUCAUCACUGAUGGCAAGUCACAAGAUGAUGUCACUGGCCCUGCUGCUGAGCUGAGGCGCUCAGGGGUCACUGUAUAUGCCCUAGGGCUGAAGAAUGCUAGUGUCAAGGAGCUCAAAAAAAUAGGAUCUUACCCUGAACGGCAGUUUGUGUUCAACGUGGACAGUUUUCAGAUGCUUACAUCGCUGGAGAAAAGCCUCAGAAAGAGCCUUUGUAAGGUCGUGGGAAAGAGGUUUGACAAGAACAAUAGAUUCAUCCUAAAACAAGGGUGUGUGAACACAGAAGAAGCCGAUAUAUAUUUCCUGUUGCACCACUCUAGCUGCACUCGCACCGACUUUGAAGACGUGAAGAAAUUUAUCCUAGACUUCCUGCAGUUAUUUAACAUUGGACCCAAUCAAGUUCGUGUGGGAGUUGUGAAAGUUGAGCAUGAUCCGACUCUACAGUUCAGCCUGACAGAGCAUAAAAACAGAGUCUCUUUAGAAGCAGCUGUGAAGAACAUUAAUCAGCCCUAUGGAGGUACAGAGACAGGCAAAGCAUUAACUUAUGUGGCUAGUCUCUUUAGUCAGGUAAUAGCAUCCCGUUCAGCUAAGGUGCAGGAGAUUCUCAUUGUCAUUACUGAUAAGAAAUCCCUGGAUGACGUGAGCGGACCAGCGGCAGAACUGAGUAAUCUAGGUGUUUCAGUCUAUGCCAUUGGAGUAGGGGACGCUAACAAGGAUGAGCUCUUGAAAAUGACGGCUGAUGCAACUAGGCAGUUCUAUGUGAGCGACUAUGAUGCUCUGAAUGCCCUCAAGGAUGAAAUUGUCACAGAUAUCUGUUCACAAGAGGCCUGCAAGAACAAAGUGGCAGAUGUCAUGUUUUUGAUUGAUGGUUCUUCUAGCAUUUAUCGUCCAGACUUUACAUCAAUGAAGACAUUUAUUACCAAAGUUGUGAAUGGUACCGUCAUUGGAAAAGAUCAUGUGCACAUUGGGGUGGUCCAGUUCAGCGAUAAUCCACAGAUACAGUUUCCACUGAAUACGUCCUACAACAAACAUGAAGUAGAGGAAGCGAUCAAAAACAUUAAACAGCUAACAGGAAACACAUACACAGGGAAGGCGCUCAAAUUAAUUUCUAAAUAUUUUGACAAAUCCAAUGGCGGUCGGCCUGAUGUUCCACAGUUCCUUGUAGUUAUCACAGAUGGUGAAGCUCAUGAUGCUGUCGCUGCGCCCGCCAAGGACAUUAGAGACAAGGGUGUCACCAUCUUCUCAGUUGGUGUGGGCAGUGUAAACACCACACAGCUGUUGGAGAUCAGUGGAACUCGAGAUAAAGUAUAUGUGGAGAGGGAUUUUGAUGCACUUCAGUCCAUUGACAAAAACCUCAAAUUCAAGCUCUGCAGCACUGAUACAGGUUGUCCAGGCACACAGGUGGCUGAUGUGAUCUUCUUGGUGCAGUGCACCAGCCGGAUUGGUAUUCAGGAGUUUGAAAACAUUAAAACCUUUUUAAUUUCAGUGGUGAACAGCACACAGGUUGCUGACAAUCUAAUUCGCAUUGGCGUCAUUGUCUACUCAGGCACUCCAAAUCAAUUCUCUUUAAACCAGUACAAAAAUAAACGUCAGGUAGUGGAAGCCAUAAAAACCUUGAAGUCCCCACCUGGAAAUGACAACACGGCUGAGGCUCUAGGAUACUCGCUCAAUUACUUCAGUGAAGAGUAUGGUGGGCGCCAGAAAUGGGGCACUCCUCAAAUGCUGUUCAUAAUUACAGAUGGUAAUGCUACAGACCAAGUAAACUUACGUGCACGGGCUGAUGGGUUUGCAGCCAAAAAUAUAAAUGUGUAUGGAAUUGGAGUGGCCAGAGCACAAGAGAGUGAGCUGGAGAUAAUUAUCCAGAACAAAACCAAAAUCUUCUACGUUGAUAAUUACGCGGGUCUUCAAUCACUGCAGACGAACAUCUCCAAAGUGCUUUGCAAUGCAACCAAACCAGAAUGCCAGAAAGAGGUAGCCGACCUGGUGUUUCUGAUCGAUGGAUCUGAAAGCAUCAGCAAGGAGUCAUGGAGAACCAUGAUUGAUUUCUUGCAAAAUGUUGUGAACCAGCUCCGUAUUUCUCCAGAACUUUACAGAAUUGGUAUAGCCCAGUUCAGCAGUGUAUAUCAGAAGGAGUUCUACUUAAAUAAGUACAACAAUGCGAAUGAUGUGAAAAGAGCAAUUCGGCAAUUCACGCAAAUUAAAGAAGGGACAAAAAUUGGAAAAGCUCUGCAUGAGGUUGCGGAAUUCUUCGAUGAGAGCAAGGGGAGUCGCAAACAGAGCGGCGUACCACAAAAUCUUGUACUUAUCACUGAUGGUGUUUCAUCAGACUGCGUGAACGAAGCAGCCGAUUAUCUCAGAGGUCUGCAAAUUGAAAUUUUUGUGAUUGGAAUUGGAGAUGUCUCGAUGCAACAGCUCAGCUAUAUUGCCGGGUCACCAGAUAGGUUAUUCAAAGUGCAAGACUUCAACUACCUUAAUCUGACAACAGAAAUAUUUGUUGAUGCCCUCUGUUUUCCAAAAAGUUGCUCUAUUGACAUUGGCAUUGGAUUUGAUAACUCGCGCAGCAGUUCAAGUUCUCUGUCAAUAUUUAGAGACCAGAAAAGGCUGCAGUCCUACCUGCCAGAGAUCAUCCGCUACAUUUCAGUUGUGCACAACCUGUGCUGUUUAAGCAGCCCAACCCUCAGUACCAAUGUAGACCUUCGACUGGUUGAUGCUAAUGGAAAUUUGCUGUAUGACUUUUCCUUCAGAGAGUAUGAUGAAGGUGUGGUGGAAAAAGUUAUGGCACUUCGGACUUCACAGUCUCUGAAAUUCAACUCCCAACUUCUACGCUCUUUUCAAGAAAAGUUUAAAGCUUCAAAUUCGGGUGUAAAGGUGCUGAUCAUCUUUACAGACGGGCUGGAUGAACCUGUUGAGGACCUACUGCUUGCCGUCAACAGCCUCCGGACGAGUGGUGUAAACGCGCUGAUGACUGUGGCUCUAGAAGGAUUUAAAAACACUGCUGACCUGCAGAGGCUGGAGUUUGGUCGAGGGAUGCAGUACAGGCAGCUUCUCUCUAUCAGCAUGCAGAAUGUGGCCAGUGCCAUGCAGAAAGAAAUUGAUACUGUUGCCUCAAGGGAGUGCUGUAAAGUGAUGUGUAAAUGCACAGGCCAUGAGGGAGCACGUGGAAGUUAUGGUCCUCCAGGGAUUAAGGGGUCACCUGGACCAAAGGGACAUCCUGGUUUCCCUGGAGAAGGAGGAGAAACUGGUGAGAGAGGGCUUCCUGGUUUGAAUGGAUCUCAAGGACAUCAGGGAUGCAUUGGAAGAAGAGGCAUAAAGGGGGGCAGAGGCUACAGAGGUGACAAUGGAUAUGAUGGAGAAGAUGGUUUUGAUGGGGUAAAUGGUGUUCAGGGCAUGACUGGAGCAGCAGGAAGCCCAGGGGAGCGAGGAGAUCCAGGCAGCCCAGGUACAAAAGGUGUCAAAGGAAACCCUGGAAACCAAGGACAGCAAGGCCUGAGAGGAGAUCCGGGAAAUCCAGGACGAGACAACAACUCCCGCGGUCCUAAAGGUGACAUCGGUGGCCCAGGCAUUCAGGGUGAACCAGGUCCAGAUGGUCUUUCAGGCAAAAUUGGUGAUAAAGGCAGACCAGGCCCUAAUGGUAGAAGAGGCACAUCAGGUCCUCUGGGUCCCAGAGGGCCUGCAGGAGCACCAGGACUACCAGGGCUCCCUGGGGCCACAGGUCCACUGGGUGCUAUCGGUCCAUCUGGUCCAGUUGGGCAGAAAGGAUAUAUUGGUCUUCCUGGACCUCAGGGAUCUCCUGGCUUUUUAGGAAAGGCAGGAUUUAAAGGAAGCACUGGGUCCAGGGGACAGAAGGGCCAGCCAGGUGAUCCUGGAGAUCAGGGAGAUCUCGGACCUCUAGGCCCCAGAGGACUGCCGGGAAAAGAUGGUGCAGAUGGCUAUGGAUUCCCAGGGCCCAAAGGACAGAAGGGAGAUUCUGGUUUCCCAGGUUAUGCUGGACUUCAGGGCGAACAGGGUUUUAAAGGAGCAAGUGGAGGUGGUGGUCCUAAAGGCAACAGGGGAAGAGGGGGCAAUGGUGGUAGGAAAGGACCACCUGGAGAUCCUGGUAGUGAGGGGGUGUCUGGACACAGGGGCUCAAAAGGACCACAAGGAACCAAACAGAUGUCUGCCUGUCAACUGAUCUCAUAUGUCCGAGAUAACUGUGUGUGCUGUAGAGGUUGGUAACAUUUUAUGCCAUAUUUCUAAUAACACUGAAAUGAGAAGCCAA